CGUUCCCGCACAGGCUGCAAGAUCAAGGCGCUGCGGGCCAAGACCAACACGUACAUCAAGACGCCGCUGCGCGGGGAGGAGCCGGUGUUCCUGGUGACGGGGCGGCGGGAGGACGUGGCGGCGGCGCGCAGGGAGAUCCUGUCGGCGGCCGAGCACUUCUCGCUGAUCCGGGCCACGCGCGGCAAGGGCGGCGCGGGCGCGGCGGCGCUGCCGGGGCAGACCACGGUGCAGGUGCGGGUGCCGUACCGCGUGGUGGGGCUGGUGGUGGGGCUGCGCGGCGCCACCAUCAAGCGCAUCCAGGAGCAGACGCACACGUACAUCGUGACGCCCAGCCGCGACAAGGAGCCCGUGUUCGAGGUGACGGGCAUGCCCGAGAACGUGGACCGGGCCCGCGAGGAGAUCGAGAUGCACAUCGCCCUGCGCACCGGCGCCUUCCUGGGGCCCGGCGGCGACAGCGACUUCCGCGCCAACGGCACCGAGGUGUGCCCGGAGAGCCCCGCGUGGCCGCGCCCCGCGCCCCGCGCCCGCACGGCCUGCAGCUACCGCACCGACAGCUCCAGCUCGCUGGGCAGCGCCUCCACCGACUCCUACUUCGGCCGCCUGGCCGACUUCAGCCCCCCCAGCCCCUUCGGCGCCGGCGGGUUCUGGUUCGGCGAGGCGCUGCCCGCCGCCGAGGAGCUGGCGCUGGACUCGCCCGCCCACGAGCCGCUGCCCGCGCCCUCCCCGACCAUCUGGGCGCCGCUGGAGCCCGCGGCCGCGCUGGGCCCGGGCGGGUCGGGCGCGGGCAGCGCCGCUGGGGCCCCGUGCCGCGGCAGCCAGCCGCCCACGCCGCGCCUGUCGCCCACCUUCUCCGAGAGCCUGGAGCACCCGCUGGCCCGGCGGGGCUGCCCCCAGCCCGCGCUGCCCAUCCACAUCCCCGCCUUCUCCACCGGUACCGACAGCUACUCCUCGUCCGCCGGCGGCUCCGCGUCCAGCUCGCCCCCCGAGAGCCGGCGCCGCCCCGACUGCGCGCUGUGCCUGGAGGGCGAGGCCGGCGCCGCGCUCGUGCCCUGCGGACACGCGCUGUUCUGCGCGCCCUGCGCCGGCCGCGUGUGCGAGCGCGCCGCGCCCGCCUGCCCCGUGUGCCGGGCCGCCGUCACGCAGGCCAUCCAGAUCCACUCCUGAGCCCCCCGGGGACACCGGGGGGGGCUGCACCCCCGUCCCACGGCCGGAAAACAAACCCCGUGGGCUGUUGCAAAGGCUCCGUGCCCCAGCCAGGCCACUUCCAAUGCUGCCUUCUCUACACUGCCAGCGCUCCAAACAGGUUUGGGAACAGCCCCGCGCUCUGCUCUGCAGCACGGCUCACGCCUGAGCCUGCCCCUCGCCUCUGCUCCCGCACAGCGCUCCGGGAGCCGCCGGGGCCAGAGCAGGGCUGGGAGAGCCCGGCCGGACACCCGGGGGGCAGGGAUGGCUCUGAGAUGGCCACACGGACCUGCGGGAGCGGCCUGGCUGGGCCUGGCUGGGCAGGGCCGUGCUGGCCGAGCGACCUGUCCUGGUCCUGUCCAAGCU